GGUCAAUAAAUCAUACUCUGAUGCAUUAGACAAAGCUCGAGUAUUCCGGAAGAAUAGCACGCAACAAAAAAAGGGUUUUGAAAGGAAACACGUGAAAGUGCCACUACCGUGAAAUGCCACUCUAUGUUCAUCUCAGCAAGGCGCAACUGCAUUUCGUGGUUUUGGUGGGGAAGUAUGUUGGUUUGUGGCGCAUUAGCAUGCGCCAUAAUCAUUUUGGGCCGGUGGCUCUCGCUCUGGUCCUUGUUAACUAGCAUGGAAAAUUCCAAACUUCCAUUGUUGCACUUCGAUGAGCAUAUCGAUCUCAACCUUUGUGGGGUUAUGGGUUUGCAAACUAGGCCGGGACAGUAUUGCUCAGUAGUUCAAGUGCUUGAUCAAGCUUGUUCUACAGUAGUUGAUGCAAAAUAUUCCAUAGCACGAAGAAUGAUAAUGUCGAUAUAACUCAUCGGAACUAUAGACGUUUACCUGCAUCUAUAUCUUGUUUGCUCUUGAUUUUAUUAACUCAUAUAAUUUGAAGGAGAAAGCCGCAAAAAAUAAAGGGAAAAUAAGAAAGUAG